AACAAGCUGGAGGAGGCAGCGAAUGCAGCUCACACCUUCUUCAUGGCAAACCCCGAGCACAUGGAGAUACAGCAGGACAUCGAGAACUACAAGAGCACGGCGGGGAAGGUCAGCUUGGUUGACUGGGAGGCCAAGCAGCACAUGGAGGACUACAGUGCCGGAGUGAGGCACUAUGACAAGGAGGAGUACGAGCUGGCCAUUGACUUCUUGGAACGCGCAUUGAAAGGGUACUACUCCGAGGAUGAAGAUUGCCAGAUCAUGUGCGAGGGGCCACAGAGGUUUGAGGAGCACGAGUACCUGGAAUAUAAGGCUGACCUCUACGAAGCUAUUGCAGAUCACUACAUGCAAGUCCUGGCCUGCAAACAUGACUGCGUCCGAGAGCUUGCCACGCGUUCGGGCCGUAUCUCACCCAUUGAAAAUUUCCUUCCCCUCCAUUACGACUACUUGCAGUUCGCCUAUUACAGAGUUGGUGACUACGUGAAAGCCCUGGAGUGUGCCAAGUCCUACCUCCUCUUCCACCCGGACGAUGAGGAUGUCUUGGAGAACGCCGGUUAUUACGAGGGCCUCUUGGAAGGUACUGUGGAUCCAGACACCAUCAAACCCAGAAAGGAAGCAAAAAUGCUGCUGCAGCGUCAUAAGCUGGAGUCCCACCUCUUGCAGGUGGCUGCGGCCGGCCUCGGAUACACCUACACGGAGCCGAACUACUGGAACAGGUACGGCGCCCGACAGGAUGAGCACAGUGUCCCAUCAAGUAUUAGCAGUGAACCAGAGGAUGGGCCCCGGCUGUCCCUGGCGAAGAAACCCAUGCCGAAACCAGAUCGAGAGCUGAAGGAGGGGGGUCCGCUUCUCUACAGCGACGUGAAGUUUGUCUACAACUCGCAGCAGCUGAACGGCACCCAGCGAGUGCUGCUGGAUAACGUCAUCUCGGAGGAGCAGUGCCGAGAGCUUCAGCGGGUGGCCAGCGGGAUCAUGUUGGCUGGAGAUGGUUACAGGGGCAAAACCUCCCCCCACACCCCAAACGAGAGAUUUGAAGGAGCCACUGUUCUCAAAGCCCUCAAGUACGGCUACGAGGGUCGUGUCCCGCUGAAGAGUGCCCGGCUCUUCUACGACAUCAGCGAGAAGGCUCGCAGGAUCGUCGAGUCCUACUUCAUGCUCAACUCCACGCUCUACUUCUCCUACACCCACCUGGUGUGCCGCACCGCCCUCUCCGGCCAGCAGGAGAGGAGGAACGACCUGAGCCACCCCAUCCACGCCGACAACUGCCUCCUGGACCCCGAGGCCAAUGAAUGCUGGAAGGAGCCUCCUGCCUACACCUUUCGGGAUUACAGUGCCCUCCUGUACAUGAACGCAGAUUUUGAAGGAGGCGAGUUCAUUUUCACCGAGAUGGAUGCCAAAACUGUCACAGCUUCCAUCAAGCCCAAGUGCGGGCGGAUGAUCAGCUUCUCGUCGGGCGGCGAGAACCCCCAUGGGGUGAAGGCGGUUACCAAAGGCCAGCGGUGCGCUGUGGCUCUCUGGUUCACCUUGGACCCACUUUACAGAGAGCUGGAGCGAAUCCAGGCAGAUGAAGUGAUCGCAAUGUUGGACCAGGAGCAUCUAGGACCCAGCGAAAUGAACAUCAACCCAAAGGAUGAGCUAUGAACUAGGCCAAAGACUUUUUCUAUUAAAUAUUUAUUUAAUAUUGUUAAUCUUAUUAGAACCCUUCUAUUUUUGUACAGAGCUGCUGUAUAAAUUA